GCAUCGCACCGCCGCGCCAGCUUCUUGUUCCCUGGUGCGACACUGGAGAUGAGAGGCGCCCGGCGACUGCAGCGUUCUGGGUGUUGCUCAUUACCGGCUCAGGGCCAUCGGUGAGCGAGCAGAAGGCAGUAUAUGGGAUGAAUGUCCGUGUGGUGAGCGGUAACUCGUGGUCUUACAGUGACUCCUUGGGUGUGCGUGGUGCGGCCAGUGGUGCAAGUUGAAGUUACCGUGCCGCCAAGACUUUUGAGUGGUGCAAAGCUCUUUUCACACGCUUCUCUCAAAGACAUGAUACACCUGCGGCAGGAGUGGUGUGAGCCUCACUGUGGUCUGGUCUGAGAUGAGUGUGAAGCCGACAGGAUGAUGCUGGUACAGACCGGCCGCUCGGUGUUCCUUCUGACGUACCUUUAUCGCAUGUGGGGCAUCCAGUGGAAGCGAAUGGAAGCGAAGUGCGUGUUUUGACGUCUCGAGACUUUGAACGUUGCAGUUAAGCUCAGUGAUUCAAAUUUAUUCCGUGAUAAAUUUUCCUGGCACCUCUGCAGCCCAAGUGAAAGCCAUCUGUUGACCUGGCAGUGUUCUUUAUAUAGCUGCGUGGCUUUCUUAUAAAAUUAAGACUGUAGAAAAGAACUCGCUCCAGACUUGGAGCAGGGGUGCGCCGUGAUCCCAUAAGGCUUGCUCGGGGCUCGUAGUGUCUCGUAUCGCCGGCAGUCGCCCUCAUUGCCGCCUUGUUUUACACUUCCGGUGUAUUCAGGAACCUUCAGUGCCAUAUAGCAAACUGUGACUUCCUUAUUCCCGUUAUGGUGGAGAAAAAAUUUGUACGUGUAAGUCCCUCCGAAGCAGUGUAUUGUUUGCGGCUCAGCAAUAAGCCCAUCGCAAAUGUUUGCCUCCCUCUUGUUGCGGCUGAAGUGAUUCGGUGAUAACCUGCAGUGUCGGGAUUGGUGAUUCACCUCCCUCACUCAAUUGUAAGUGACCGUCGAUCAGCAAUAUGGCCAGCGAGGGGACUGUAGCGGGUGAUGAGGUCAUGGUGGUGACCAACAUCCCCGUGCAGGAUGCAGGUGCCACGCCUCCUGUCUCCUCGCCUGCCUCGUCUUCCACCGAUCUGGAGAGUAACGGUAACUCAGCAGAAGCGGAAGUCUUCGUAGAUUACGAAGUGUUAGCUGAGGCGUCACUUCGGAUGGGGUGUGAGGACGAUCCUGCACUAAUUGGUUCCCAUGGUCUGCCCCUUCUUGACUUGACCGCUUCAACAUCUUUCACUGACAGCCCUGGUUCUCCUCCGCCCAUCCUCGGCCAGCCUCUCCUCCCGACGCCUCCCAUCAGCCCAAUAAGCAUCACCAUAGACUCGGACGAGGAGUCGCCUUGUGCAAAUAUCGACACGCCGCUGAAGUUCGACAGUAGUGAACUGACGUGGCGUAAGUCUAAGGAUGUGCCGGGGGGUCGCCGUACGUCUGGGGUCAUGGUGCCUCCAAACAUUGACUACCUUGAGGUCCCUCCCCACCACCGGUCUACUUUCAAGAAGAAGAAGAAGUUAUCAUUCAGCAAAAGAAGGUCUGAUCCAGGAAUGUAUCCGCCGCGCCUUCCUGAAAGACCUGCAUUGGAGGAUAUCGUGAGCACCUCCCCCGAGCCCAGCCGGGAGCCAUUGCAGGAUGAGAUUCCGCCCGAGGUGACGCAGGUGAAUGGCGCAAACCAGGCGAUCGCGGCAGGUCCCGUGGUGGAGGUGGAGACAGUACACAACCUCAGCGCCGCUAAUUGCAUCAUCAAAAUCCCGAAGAAGCAGCGAAGGCCGUCAUUUUCCAAAAUUGACAUCCCUUGUUAUCACCGUCGUCCCUCCGGCCAGGCGCUGGAUGACAACUUUGAUUACACCUUCACUGUGAUGUAUGGCCGCUACACCAAGGACUUGGGAAGAUACGCCAAGCAGGAAGCGUCAAGGAUCAAGAAGGAGGGCAAAACAGCUCUCGAGUCCAACACAUCAGGAUUGCGGCCAUACCGGGGCCGCGUGGCCACCAAGUGCUUGGGAGUACUUGGGGCCGUGUGGCGGGCUACCUUCGCCAGAGUGGGAGAGGACUGGGUGUUCCUGGCGGUGCUGGGCAUCGUUAUGGCCAUCAUCUCCUUCAUCAUGGACUUCGGCAUCAGCAUGUGUAAUAAAGCUCGACUAUGGCUGUACAGGGACCUGGCCAGCCACACAGCCUUGCAAUACCUGGCGUGGGUGUCGCUGCCCGUCUGCCUCAUCCUCUUUUCCGCGGGUUUCGUCCACCUCCUCGCCCCUCAAGCCGUCGGAUCUGGCAUUCCCGAGAUGAAGACCAUUCUGAGGGGCGUGGUUCUGAAAGAAUAUCUUACUUUCAAAACCCUCAUAGCGAAAGUCAUUGGUCUCACCGCAACCUUGGGGUCUGGACUUCCGCUGGGAAAAGAGGGUCCCUUCGUGCACAUCGCUAGCAUCGUCGCCACACUCCUUUCAAAAGCAGUCACGUCCUUCAAAGGAAUCUACGAGAAUGAGUCACGAAACUCUGAGAUGUUGGCGGCGGCGUGUGCUGUUGGUGUGGCUUGCUCCUUCGCCGCACCCAUAGGAGGCGUGCUCUUCAGUAUCGAGGUCACCAGCGUGUACUUCGCAGUAAGAAAUUACUGGCGAGGUUUCUUCGCUGCAGUCUGUGGUGCUAUGAUGUUCCGGCUCCUGGCUGUCUGGUUCAACGAUGAAGAAACCUUGACCGCUCUCUUCAAGACUAACUUCAAGGUUGGAUACCCGUUCGAUCCUCAGGAGUUGUUCGUCUUUGCUCUCAUCGGCGUCAUGUGUGGGUUCCUGGGCGCCUUCUUCGUGUGGGUGCAUCGCCAGUAUGUCAUCUUUAUGCGCAGGAACAAGAAGAUGAAAGCCUUCCUUCAGAAAAGCCGAUUCGCGUAUCCCGUCUCGAUGACGCUCUUCCUGCUCAGUGUCCAGUUUCCGCAUCUUCUGGGGCAGUUCAUAUCCUCCCAUCAGUCAUCCCACCAUCAGGUUGUGGAAUUAUUCAGCAAUGUGACAUGGACCAAAGAGGACCACACCGUUCAUGAAUUUGAGUUAGUUGAGAACUGGCGAACUCCCUGGACUGGCAUCUUUAUCAAUCUUUUGCUGUAUAUUACCUUCACAUUUGGAGGAAGUGUUGUGGCAAGCACCCUUCCAGUGCCUUCAGGAAUUUUCAUCCCUGUCUUCAAGAUUGGAGCAGCACUCGGAAGGAUUGUAGGAGAAACAAUGGCAUCAACUUUUCCCAAAGGCUUAAGCUAUGGAGGACACAAUCAUAUAAUCAUACCUGGUGGGUAUUCCAUAGUGGGAGCUGCUGCCUUGGCUGGAGCAGUGACCCACACUAUCUCCACAUCUGUCAUAGUGUUUGAACUCACUGGUCAGAUUACCCACAUUCUUCCAGUGAUGAUUGCAGUUCUUAUAGCUAAUGGUAUUGCGCAACUGCUUCAGCCAUCAGUUUAUGACUCAAUCAUCCAAAUAAAAAAGCUGCCAUACCUACCAGACAUCCUGACAGCCACUUCUGGUGCCUAUAACAUCUAUGUGGAGGACUUCAUGGUGCGUGACGUCAAGUACAUUUGGUAUGGCAUCACCUACCGGCAGCUGAAGAACAUUUUGAAAGAACAUAAAAAGAUCAGAUCUCUACCUCUUGUUGAUUCUCCAGACUCCAUGAUCCUGCUGGGCUCCAUCCAGCGCUCUGAACUCAUCUCAAUGUUGGAGGAACACCUUGGCAAAGACAGACGCCUCAAAGUGAUCAACAAAUGGAAGUAUGCCGCACAAAGAGCCCUAGAAGAUGAGAACGUUCAGAAUGAAGAGAUAGACAAGGAGGAGGAAAGAAAGAAGACUAAGCAGCGACUCAUAGAUAUUGCAGAGGCAAGGAAGAGGAGGUCUUCUCCAAUAUCAUCACCAGCUCUGGCGGUGGUGACUGGCACUGGUGGAGAUGAGGAGCCCUCACUGACAAAGAAGACCAAGGUUAGCAGUACUUCCACCACCACCACCACCAACACUACUCACUCAUCAGCACCUUCAAAUACCUACAGUUCUGCUUCCAUCAGCAGCAGCACUGCCACUACCAUCUCCACACCAAGCACAAUCGCUCCUCUGCCCUCUGUGAUAAUAGGCCAACCUAUCGAUGAUGACAGAUUAAAGCAAAGAAGACCUUCAAGAUUUGAGGUCACAAAAGUAGAGUCUCCAACUAAACCUAAUGAAUCGUCAGUCACUGUUCAGAUAGACCCGGUGGAGAUUCCAUCAUCAUCAGAGUCUGAUUUAGAUAGGCUGAAAGUGCCUCAGCAGAAUACAUUGCCACGAAAAUCAAUUUUGAAGAAAACAAACAGCUUUAUCCUGCAUCCCGUGUCAACAUCAUCUCCCUUCACAUCUCCACAACACACACCAUACGCUACUGUCCAUGCUGGAGAUUCUAAACUUCGACAAGCAUUUGAAGCUGUAUUGAGAAAGACAAGUUUAAGAAAAAUAGAUGAUAAAAAUGGUAACAGCAGCCAAAAUAUCAACAGCUCCAAAAAGGUUUCAUUGCCAUUGGAGCGGAUGGUGGAGAUCAGCCUUGAGGAACAGCGGCGGUGGGAGGAGGAGGAGCUGAAUAAGGAAGUGGAUUUCAGCAAGUGCCACAUAGAUCCUGCACCUUUCCAGCUUGUGGAAAGGACUUCUUUGUUGAAAGUUCAUUCUCUAUUCUCCAUGUUGGGUUUGAAUCAUGCAUACGUCACAGCCAUUGGAAGAAUUAUUGGAGUCGUAGCAUUGAAAGAGCUGAGGAAAGCAGUUGAAUCAACUAACUGUGGUGACUUCCCUAAACCUCGGAGAAAUAGGGCCACUUUGGGAACUUUCAGGGAAAAAUUUUUAAGGCCUACAGUUCGAAAAAAGCUGAGAAAAGCUAUUGAAGAAACCAAUUCCGGGGAAUUUCCCAAAACAGAGCCAGUGCCGGCAUCUGGCUCAGCAGAGGAGGAAGCUGCAGCAAAACUUCUCAAGCCUGAAACAAAGGAAUGAUGGCCAGUAGAAAUCAAUAACAAUAAGUGUACAAGUAACAUAUAGUGGAAAUCAUGAAUUAUUUCUGGAGAAAAGCAUGUACUUAAAAUUUAAUUACUAAAAAUAUAUCAACUUCAUAUAAAUAAUAUAUUUAGUGAAAACUAUUUGACCACUUCUGCAAUAUAUAUAUAUAUAUAUAUAUAUAUAUAUAUAUAUAUAUAUAUAUAUAUAUAUAUAUAUAUAUAUAUAUAUAUAUUGGCACAGGGAGAAAAGUAUUCAUCUUUCCAUUGAGUUAAGGUGGUGUUAGAGUGGUAAGAAAUGGUGUCAUAGUGUGUACAUAUCAUGAAAGAAUGCCAUAUCAAGCAAGUACCAUGGUAGUGAUGAAGUGUUGAUGAGCAAGUGAAGGUAAGCGUAGUAGGUGAUGUGUACUCAUUCAGGCAGAAACACUUGACGGUGAAAUGAUGGUUGCUGAAUAUGGUUGUUCUUGUUUCUGGAGGGUUUAAAGCUGUUUUUUUUUUUUUUUUUUCUAAAUUGUUUUUGAAGAAUUGCAACAUUGAUCUCAAAGCAAUACUUAGAUAUAGUGAAGUUACUUUAUUGGAAUCGUGAUAUGUGAUUUAUUAUUAACAUAGUAAAGGGGAUUUAGAAUAAAAUAGUUAUUUAUGAGUAAUUAGAAGAGCAGGCUUUUUAACUUAAACAAUUUCAAAGUUAUUACUGAUGUGAAAUAUAUGAAAAGUCGUAACAGUUGUCACUAAAUUUAACCUUAAUUUUGUAAUCAUAUUCUGCUUGUUUUACUUGUUGUGGCAGUGAUUACCUCAGGGAAGUGUUGAAUUAAAGAGUGAUAUUUAUGCUUGGAUAUUCAUAACAAUUGAUAAUAUAAAUCCACAUAAAUGCAAAAUUAGGUAACAAGUACAUACUUCUUUACUAAGUAUGGUGUAGCAGCCUUGUGCUGUUAACACAUGAUGCUACAUUUGCUUUGGUAUAUUAUUAUCACUAAAGAAUUUGAUUUGCUACAUCCCUCUGAAAAAUUAGUUUUCAUGAUAGUUGAAUUAGAAAUGUAAUACACUACCUUACAAUACUUACAUACUUUACAAUGACCACAAACAAGCUGAACCAUGCAUGUCAUUCCUGGUGGGUAAUCAGCAGAGUCUUAAGUGAUUUUCCAAGGUUGUCAUUGACUGGAUCAUGAGCUGAGGCCUGUCUCCUGUUUAUCUCAGAACUACUCUCUCUACACUCUGCCAUACUUAUAUUCUCUGUGGUUCAUAUAUAUUGCAUAAUAUUUGUUUUUUUUUUAUUACUGGGUAGAGAGUGCAAAGUUAAGGUUAUAUUGAUGAAAUAUAUUAAUGUCACUAAGAACAAAAUAAUGAGUAUACAGUUACCAAGACAAUGUUAUGAAAUGUUUAAACCACUCACCAUUCAUGGAGCAUGUGAUAAAAAUUCUGAACAUAUUUUUCAUAAAGGCAAAAAGACAAGAUGGCAGGAAAGUUUUAGUUUGAGCUAUAGGCAUAGGACAAAUCAUUCUGUAUUGUCAGAUUGAAGGAAGACAGGCACAAAAGUACAGAACUGCUGGUGUCCAUCAUUUACAACAACUUGUCAUAAAGAGUGUCAGGUACUUUCCUUUUUGUUUCAUUGUCUCAACUGAUAAGUGUUCAGGAGAAUUUUAUCACUUUUUUCUCAUGCUACAUUUUUUCUCAUAAUGGGUUAAAAUCAGCCAAGUAUAUAAGGUGGUUUAAAUGUUUAUAAUGUUAUCCUUGAAUUGAAUUUAAAUUAGCUUGUCCUGUUCAGUAAUGCUUGAAAAAAUGAAGUACUACAGUAUGCAAAACAAGUGAAGUACGUAUGUACAAAAAUUUGUAUUAUAUUUAAAAGAUGACGUUUUUUGGCAAAUAGGGAGACAGGCUGCCUCAAGACAAGAAAUCAUAUCAAGACCAACCUUACAAAAGCAGCUUUACCUCUAGUUGCAAGACAAGAAUGAACAACUCAUUCUGGAAAUACAAAAAAUAAAAAAGCACUUUUUAGAAGAAAUCCAGGGAAUGCUGUUGGAUAUAAAAAGAGAUCCAAAAAGAAAUUGUUGGAUAUAUCAACAUCAAUUAAUAAAUGUCAUGAAUGCACACCUACAACUUAUUGAAAGGAAACUGAACAGUCACUGACGGCAAUAAUCUCUGCAAAACGUCAAUUGCAGUACUAUUAUAUGUAGCACAAAAAUUUUCACAACAGCUGAGGCUGCACUACUACGAUGAAAUAAUAUUUCCUGGUAAUCAGGGCACUGCAAACCAUACUACCACAAGACUGAACAUAACUUUGAGCUCAUCAUAAGACAUUAAUUUCUGUGAAACUUCAAGUACAUGUGUGUGCACACACACACACACACACACACACACACACACACACACACACACACACACACACACACACACACACACACACACUGUUAGCUCAGUUGGUUAGAGCACCAUGCUAAUAACGCGGAUAUCGUGGAUUUGAUCCCCAUUUGGGCCAAAAAUGACCCUCAAAAAAUGACACACACACACACAUAUAUAUAUUCAUUAGUCACUGUUCACUGUAUGCUACAAAUUUGUCUUUAUAUUCUCAGUUGCAUAUAAACAUUAUAUCAGUGGCCGGGUAAUAUUUCAGCAAGAGCAACGCUCA